AUGUCCACGACCACAACGAUGAGCACAACGACGAGCCGGAUACACGAACGCAUACCACCUUUUCCUCCCGACGUUGCCCACGCACCGAUUGCCGAGAUCUCCUCCAAGAAUCUCCUGGAAAAGGACCCUGCGUCCACGGCCGCAGUCUUGCAAGCGUGUCAAACGUACGGGUUUUUCUAUCUCGACCUGGCCGACUCGGAACCUGGGCGAGAGCUCCUCACCGAGGCCGACCAGCUCCAUGACCUCAGCAAAAGGGCACUUGGGCUGCCAUUUGAGGAAAAGGACAAGUACGAUUUCCGCAAGACGCAGUCCUUCUUUGGGUACAAACCCGCGGGCACUGUCAAGUUGACCGACAAAUCCCAACGGCCAGACAGCACCGAAUUCUUCAACGUCGGCAAGGACUGUCUGUUUGGCGUCGCCGAAAGCCGCCCUUAUCCCGACGUCAUUAAAGACGCGUGGCCCUUGCUCCAGGCAUUCUGCAUGGGCGCCCACGGGAUGUCGAUGACGAUCCUGCGCACGCUCGCGCGCGCGUUUGGCGAAGACGAGGAAAUCUUCGUCAACCUCAACCGCUUCGAAGAAUCGUCGGGGGACCACAUCCGUCUGACGCUCAAGCCGCCCUCGGAUCCCACCAAGACCGACAUCAUCGGCCUUCCGUCCCACACCGACUUCGGUAGCGUCACCAUUCUCUUCAAUUGGCUCAGCGGCCUGCAGAUUGAGUCGCGCACGCCCGGCCGGGUCGGCGAAUGGGAGUACGUGAAGCCCGUGCCGGGCAAGGCCAUCGUCAACCUGGGAGACGCCAUGGUGCAUUUCUCCAACGGGGGCCUGAAGAGCGCCAAACACCGCGUCGUCCCGUCCCCCGGCGCGCAAGCCGGCAUGGAGCGCGUCAGUGUCGUCUACUUUGUCCGCCCGACGCACCACAGUCUGAUGAAGCCCGUGGGCGGAUUCGACAAGGAACAGGACCGUAUCAAGGUGGGAGGCAAGUUCUCCGACGGCAUCGACGACAAAGUCUACACGGCAAGGGAGUGGCUGGAGAAGCGCUACGUGCAACUGACGGCCUUGUCGAAGGAUUGA